AAAAUAUUCGAAAACCCCAAACUUGAAACCUGCAAAUGCCGCUCCCGUCGUCGCUCUCGCUCCCUCCCGCUCGCAUCACCCUCCUCACUCUCCUCUCCGCCUCCGCGGCCCUCUACUUCCUCCACAAAUCCCUCAAUCGCCGCCGCCUCCGCGCCGUCGCAGGAACCGGCUGCGGAUGCCACAACCACGCUCCUCCCAAAAGGGGCAAGCUCUUCUUCCUAUCGCAGACCAACACUUCCAAAGCCCUCGCCCAGCGCCUCCACACUCUCCUCACCCUCAGCAACAUCCCCUUUGAUCUCGUCGAUCCCAAAGACUACGAGCCUGAGGAUUUAUGCAAGGAAACCCUCGUCUUGGUCGUCGCCUCGACGUGGGAGAACGGUGGGCCUCCACAAGAUGGGGCCUUUUUGGUGAAUUGGCUCGCCGAGAGCGCUGAGGAUUUUCGGGUUGGGGCGCUCGUGCUCAAGGAGUGCAGAUUUGCUGUUUUUGGGGUGGGGAGUGGGAGUUAUGGGGGCACGUUUAAUGCCGUGGCUAGAGAUGUUGCGGCGAAACUGAGGAAGCUUGGGGGUAGAGAGCUGGUGGAGUUGGGGGAAGGGGAUGUGGAUUUGGGGGAUUUGGAUGGGGUGUUUGAUCUGUGGAGUCAGAAGAUUGUUGGGGUUUUGAAUGGUAAUAUAGAAGAAAAUGAUCAGGGUUUGGGAAAUUAUGUAGCUGGGAGUGAGAGUGAAGGUGAAUACAGCGAGGAAGAUGAUGAGGAGGAUGUGGAAGAGUCUGAUGUUGUUGAUCUUGAGGAUAUUGCGGGAAAGGGACCUUCAAGAAGAUCAGCAGUGGAAGCUAAGGCCAAUGGGAAAGUGAAUGGACAUGCUGCGAAUGGGGAGAAAGAAAUGGUGACUCCUGUAAUAAGGGCAAAUUUAGAGAAGCAGGGGUAUAAAGUAAUUGGCUCUCACAGUGGGGUUAAGAUUUGUAGAUGGACCAAGUCUCAGCUUAGAGGACGUGGUGGAUGUUACAAGCACUCGUUUUAUGGCAUUGAGAGUCACAGGUGCAUGGAGGCUACUCCUAGUUUAGCAUGUGCAAACAAAUGUGUCUUUUGUUGGAGACAUCACACAAAUCCUGUAGGGAAAAGCUGGCAGUGGAAGAUGGAUGAUCCAUUGGUCAUCGUUGACACUGCAAUCGAUCUACAUAAAAAAAUGAUAAAGCAAAUGAAAGGAGUUCCAGGGGUAAAGGCAGAGCUUCUGGCCGAAGGUCUUUCUCCUAGACAUUGUGCCUUAUCUCUUGUUGGUGAACCUAUCAUGUAUCCUGAGAUCAACAUUCUUGUUGAUGAGCUACACAGGAGGCACAUCUCUACCUUUCUUGUGACUAAUGCUCAGUUUCCUGAAAAAAUUAUGGCAUUGAAGCCUAUCACACAGCUGUAUGUGAGUGUAGAUGCUGCAACUAAGGAUAGCUUGAAGGCUAUUGAUAGACCACUCUUCAGCGACUUCUGGGAGAGAUUUCUUGACUCUUUGAAAGCACUAAAAGAGAAGCAACAGCGCACUGUCUACCGCUUGACAUUAGUAAAAGGUUGGAAUACAGAAGAUAUAGAUGCUUAUUCCAGCCUAUUUGAUGUUGGAAAUCCCGAUUUUAUUGAAAUUAAAGGGGUGACAUACUGUGGAUCGUCAGCCACAUCGAAGCUAACAAUGGAAAAUGUCCCCUGGCAUAAGGAUGUAAAAGAGUUUUCAGAAGCCAUUGCUCGAAAGAGCAAUGGGGCAUAUGAGGUUGCUUGUGAGCAUGUCCACUCGUGUUGUGUUCUUUUGGCGAAAGUCGACAAAUUUAAAGUCAACGGCCAGUGGCAUACAUGGAUAGACUAUGAGAAGUUCCACAACCUGGUAUUAACUGGAGAGCCAUUUACCAGUAACGAUUACAUGGCUCCUACACCAUCCUGGGCUGUCUAUGGAGCAGAGGAAGGUGGUUUUGAUCCAAAGCAAUCUCGAUAUAGAAAAGAGCGCCACCACAAAUCUGCACGCUAAACAGAUUUUUUCAUAACAUUUGUUGCAUAAAUCAUCACUACUCAACAGAAUACUGAAGAUGUCAUUUUUGUAAGCGAGGCCCGCGCAGAGUUGGUAGAAGCUACUAAACGCGUUUGGUCUUUUGACUGUCGGCCAAGCAAGUAUCAAGCUUUGCCUAAUCUUCUCACAGCAAUAGCCGUAUGGGUUGAAAAUUUUGAAGCUACUCCAUUUUUAGAUAGGUCAAGAAGUUGAAAAAAAAGCAGCUUGCUUAUAAUUUUGGUAUAAAUUUUGUGUCGAAGCCAUGCUUAUUUUCAUAUAACAUGAUAAUUUUGUGCUGGAUUUUAUUAUUAA